AGCGUCACUCUUCCUGUUAGAUCCGUAAUGACCCCAGUUUCCUGUAUGUUUUGACAUUAGUUGUUCCCAGGUUAUUCUGGAGUCAUGAACGCUGCUUCAGUGGUCCAGAGGCUGGCAGGAAUAUCUGGAGCUCUUGCAGUCGCAGCAGGUGCUUAUGGAGCUCACGGCUUCCGACACAGUGAAGCGAGUGAAUACCAGAGAGAGUUGUUUGAAACAGCAAACAAGUACCACUUCUACCACAGUCUGGCGUUGUUAGGAGCGGCUCGCUGUGGGAAACCAGCUCUGGCGGGUGCAGUCCUCCUCACGGGCAUGGGUUGCUUCUGUGGGCCGCUCUACCACCAGGCCUUCACCAACGACCCCAGCCUCAGCAAGCUGGCCCCGAUCGGAGGCUCGUUGCUCAUCGUGGGCUGGGCUGCAAUGGCUCUUUGAACCCUAUGUUUAUGCAUUAGAUGAUGUUUUGUCAUUUGAACAAGAGAAAGAGGAGAUAUGGGGUUGCUGAGGGAGAAAAAGGGUGGAGAAUUUCACAUUUUAUCUAAAACCCUUUUCACUCACGUCUGGAAAGUGAUGAUAAGGCCUUGAGAUCAAACAUAACUCUUUUAUUGUCACAGGCAUCUUUAUUUUGUCAGCAUGGCGGAAAAAAAAAAACUUUUGAGAAGCUUUCCUUAUUACCGUGAAUGAGUCACACUCUGUCUUGAAAGCGUUUGUACAUGUUUCCUUUGUUUGAACAAAUAAAGCUGUCUGAGAAGUUGA